CUCUCGUUGUACCGGAAGGGUACACAGCAUUGUGGGGAGUGUAGUUCCGUCUUCCUUACCUUUCGAGAUGCCCGGUUUCACUUGCUGCGUUCCCGGUUGUUACAGCAACUCACACCGAGAUAAAGGCUUGCAUUUUUACACUUUUCCUAAGGCCGAGCUGCGGCAUGUGUGGCUGCAGAAUGUAUCCCCGUGCGGGUUGAACGGAUGCUUCCAGACUUUCCAGCCCAGCCCGGACCACCGAGUGUGGGCAACCUGCACUUUCAGGGGGGGGCGUAAGUCUGUUAGUGUGCGAGUGCCCACCAUCUUUCCCCUGAGAGGGGUGAACGAGAGGAAGACCAGCGAGGGCAUACUCGCAAGAAACCUCACACCGUUCUUCUCACUGGGCUACCGGCAGGCGAGGAGCAAGGGGGUGCUGGAGCACUGCUGCCCCUCGCCACCCUGUACAGACCACUCUCGUACUCUAUGUCCCUCAGGUACCACCACUGAGGAGCUUCUGAGGAAGCUCAAUGAACAGAGAGACAUCAUUGCCCUGAUGGAGGUAAAGAAAGAGAUGAAGUCCAGCAUCAGACACCUUAGGAUUACUGAGGUCAAGCUUCGAGAAGAGAUCAGACAGGAAAGACAAGGUCCUGUCAAGCACCAUCAUGAAAAGGAAACAAGAGGAAGCUUUUAGGGCCACAUGAAGU